AUGGUCUUUGGUCCAGGCCCGGAGUACACCCAUCAAUCUCAGUUAGACACGAGAUAAAUAAGUGUAGGUGGUGACACCCAACGUACAACAUAUGGCAACUACAAAAGGAAAAGACAGCAGCAGUUUAGGGAAGGAAAAGAGGGUCACAACCCCUCCAAAUUCUCGCACCACCAAUAUCACCAAAACUCGUCUCAAAACACCCACCACAACCGCCCUUCACCACAAGCCUUCUUCAACUACAACUGAAAAACAAGUCCCAAGCUACCUCCGGCCGACGCAAAGCUCACGCCAUGAUCAAUCUCUCAAGUACGUGAAGAAAUCUAGCCCAGAAGACAGCCCCAAGAAGUCGGCCAGUCCUAAUCGGAGAAGAUCUUUCGACACGGCGGCACCGCCUCCGGCUUCCAGGCUACAAAGCUCAUUUUCCUCCUCCAGCCCUCGAGAGAGAACGGUAACCGUCCGUUCUACAUCGGUUACUCCGAAAACCACUAGUUCUCUCAAGCCUGUUGCAGAGAGGACUUCUAGAAGUACUCUUAAGGCGGGAAAACCGCACCCGUCCCAUGCAAGGGUAACAAAGAAGAGCACGACUCCCGCUAAUAAGAAGGAAACUAAUAUUGCUUCUGCUUCGGCAAAAGAUCAAGAGGAUGUGGAUAUAACGGAAAGUUUUAAUCUUCAUAUUGCUGAUCAAGAUGAUGAAGAGUUUUUGGUUCAUGAGGUUGAAGAAAUUGUAGAGGUGAAAGAUCCUUCUGAAAAUGUUGAGCAUAGUGAUAUUGUAGAAGAUGAGAAAGUCGAGCUUUGUGACAUCCCUGAAGUUUCAGAAGAAAAAACGAAUCCUCCAUUAACUGCUGAUAUUGAAGAAUCUGGAGAUAUUAUAUUACAAGAAGAAAAAGUUGAGAAUCAGACUGAAGGAGAUCAAGAGAAUGGAAGCAAUGAGAUUCACCCGGAAGAGAGUUUUGCAAGUGAGACAACAGUUGAGGUCAAGGAGGAUAAAGAAGAAGAGGGUGGUGAAGAAAAAGAGAUUGUGGAUGAAAACAAGCAAAAUGAAGAGAAGGAAAUGGUGGAUGGGGAAAUUGAAGAGCUUGUUUUGAAGGAAGAGGAAAAUGUGGAGGGUGGCGGCUUUGAAGAAACAAAGUCAGAGGUGGCAGAAAAUACAGAAAUAUCAUCCAUCAAGGAAGAACAAAAGGUUGAUGGUGGUGUUGAAGAAAGUACAACAAUGUCAAUAUCAUCGAAGCGCCAAGUAGGAUUGGUCGGGAAGAAGGAAUCUCAGGCAUAUAAUGAUGUUAUUGAGGAGACUGCAAGCAAGCUAUUGGAGAAGAGGAAGAACAAGGUGAAAGCACUGGUUGGGGCAUUUGAGACUGUCAUAGACAAAGAAUCCUCAUCCAAAUGAUACCAUUUUCCCCUCAUUCAAGUUAAUUAUGUUUAUUAAUGAAUUUUU